AUGCUCUUGCAAUCGCUUCUUUUACUUGGCGUCUUGUUUUGCGGCAGUGGACAAGCGGUGGACGUUAAGCCGGUAAGUGGUUGCAAGUCGUACAGAUAUCCGCUUUUUGAACGAGGAAAGACCCCAAUGCCCUUCGAGCAGGACGAUGGAGACGUUGUGCCGAGGGUGCCUCAUUCCUUUCGGGUCCCCUCACUCGUGGAGGUGGACGGGGUGCUUGUCGCCAUAGGAGACGCUCGGUAUUUGACCUCCGAUGAUAACUCUUUUAUUGAAACUGUGGCAAUGUUCAGCGUUGAUGAUGGGGACUCGUGGAAAUCGCAAACGGUAAUCAAGAACAGCCGUGUGAACAGUAACUAUUCUCGUGUGCUGGACCCGACGAUCAUCGUGAAGGGGAACAAUAUUUACGUUCUGGUGGGGAGCUACAAUAUAACUUCGAUCUACUGGAAUUGGCAGGAAGAUGGAAGCGACUGGGAGCCCCUGCUGGUUGUUGGCGAGGUAGGAAGGACAGACCCUUGCGACAUAAGAUCUGCGAAUAUUUUGUGGUCGAAGCCUGUAUCGCUGAAGUCUAUCUAUCCGAAUGAGGUUGGGGGCUAUCCGUCAGUGCAGUUUCUUGGUGGUGUGAGCACGGCCAUUGCGUUGCAGAAUGGAACGCUUGUGUUUCCGAUUCAACGACUGACUAUUGCGAACAAUAACAAAAUCGUAUGGGUGUCUGUCAUGUAUUCAGAAGACAAUGGUAAGACGUGGACGUUUGCGGAGGGAAACGCGGAGCAGGGCUGCUCUGAGCCGUCGAUAUUGGAAUGGGAGGGAAAGCUCAUCAUGAAUGCGAGACGGGACGAUGGUUAUCGUAGGGUGUACGAGUCGACGGACAUGGGAGAGACGUGGUUAGAGGCGCGGGGUACGCUCUCUCGUGUGUGGGGCAACUCACCAAAACGUGUCGGCCCCGGUAGUCAAAGUAGCUUUAUUCCGGUGACCAUUGAGGGGGUGCGUGUGAUGCUGUUUACGCACCCGCUAAAUUUCAAGGGGAGGUGGGAUCGUGACCGGCUCCACCUGUGGGUGACGGACAACAGGCGCAUCUUUGACGUUGGCCAGAUUUCCGUUGGUGACGAGAACAGCGCCUACAGUUCCCUGUUGUACACAAAGGGUGGUAAACUGUAUUGUCUGCACGAGACCAAUAAGGGUGAGGUGUACAGUCUUGUCUUUGCUCAUUUGAUCAACGAGCUGGAGUUGAUAAAAUCCGUGGUGAGGACAUGGAAGGCACAAGAUAACUACUUCUCGUACUUGUGUACUAAUAAUUGUCCUGUGCCUUUUCCUGCAGCUGGGCUUGUUGGGUUUUUGUCUGACCAUGCAGAUGUAGGGAACUGGAGAGACGUUUAUCGCUGUGUUGAUGCAACUGUGGUUAAUGGUGAAAAGGUUCCCAACGGCUUCAUAUUUAAGGGACCCGACGGUGGGGCGCGCUGGCCAGUGAGCAAGCAGGGGCAGAACCAACGCUAUCAGUUUUCAAACGACAGGUUUACGCUUCUGGCGACUGUGAUAAUCCAUCACGUUCCAACUGGUGCGGAGCCUAUUCCAAUUCUGGGGCUUGAAAACGGCGGAGAACAGAGCGUCAGAUUCUUGGAGCUGGCGUACACCAGCGAGAAAAAAUGGCGUCCCACGUUUGGGGCGAAGGAGGCUCGUCCAACUUCGGCUUGGGAGCUGAACAAACCGUUCCAGGUGGUGCUCGCGAUGGCGGGGAAGAGGCUCUACGCUUACGUUAAUGGCAAGAUGCUGGAGGGUUCCGGCGUGGAGCACGGGUACGACUUAUGGAAGGUGGACAUCUCCCACAUUUACAUUGGUGGGCGGGCGACGAAGAACACAGAUGCAGGCAAUCAGGUGACAGUGACCAACGUCCUUCUGUUCAACCGUAAGCUGAGCGACGACGAGUUGCGGUCAUUUAUGGUGACCGCUAACCAAAUUACGGUGGCGCCAGGGCUGGAGGUGGAGGAGAAGCUGGAGUGUGUUGUUCAAGAAACCACCAUCGAGCCCAGUGCUAUUACUCCCUCUUCUGUUUUAUCUGGAACAAAAGAAUUUGAUGAAGUGAAUGCCAAUACCGCAGCGACGGGAGAGAACAGUCCGGGAAUGAGAUGCGAUGGCAGCCUCAGCCCAACAUGUGUGACUAUGUGUCACCUGCCCUUGCUUCUCCUCCUCCUCCUUGGUUUGGGGAGCUGUGUGGCUGCGUUGUGA